GUCAAUGUCCCGGAGCCUGUCUGCUUCACUGGCUUAAACGGCACAUAUACGGAGUAAUGCAAUGGUUGACCAACUAGCCCCACAUUUCCAUACGUCGGGUCCCCGCGCUGAGCUUCGGACGAAUGAUGAAAUGCGGGACCUCGGUUCCGCUUACCUCGAGGUCCGAGAGCUCUAAACAACAACGAACAGCAAGGCAUCAAAAGGACAACACCAACACAGCAGUUAACCACACACUCAAUAUGGGCCUAGAAUUCCCUUCGUACGUUCUCGCGGCGUUGACGGCGACGGGCGGAAUUAUUGGUUUCGCUCGGACAAAGAGCGUACCAAGCAUUGUUGCUGGGUGCGCGGUUGGCCUUCUCUAUGGGCUCGGCGGCUAUCGCCAACAGAACAACCAGCCCUACGGCGUCGAACUAAGUCUUCUGGCGUCUGUCGUCCUCGGCGGCUCUUCAAUCCCCCGCGCCAUCCGACUCCGCAAGCCGGUUCCCAUCUUGUUGUCCGUGCUUGCUUCCUUCGGCUUGCUUACUUUCGGCAAUGAGUUCCGCCGUACUCUGUAGACGGGCCAAGAGUCGGGGAUAGCUGGAUGACACGAACUGAGAGAGGACAGAAAAUGCCAUAAUGUACAACAUGUCUAAUGCUGCGAGUUUUGCCUUGCCUCUAGCCACCUUGUUAUACAGUAAUGCCGACUCUUGGGGCUGGUCGUGCAGUGACGACUCGUGAU